AUUUCUUGAUUUCGUAGGAGUACCUAAAACACAAAAAGUUUUCGGAACACCGCGUUAGGUCGCCAGAUCAUUAGUUGUUCAAAUAUCAUCAGAUGCAUUUUAAAUACCUUUAUAAACCAGGUCAACGGAUUGUGCUAUUUUGCUUCCCAUAGGCAAAAACAGUGCUGUUUAAGUACAAAAAGAAAUUUUAUUUCGUAAUGAAAUGCUUGAUGCGGGAAUCAAAGCGAAUAAAAAUCGAAAAUAUUACACAAAGAAAUUGACGAACCUUCGUAUUUAUUAUAACUGAAACUCUUUGCUAUAAACUUAAGCGGUAAACUGGUAACGGUACUCAGGCGGCCGCAAAAGGACGUAUAGUAAGUAUUGUUGCCAGUCUGUCGGCCGCGUUCUUCACCGCAAAAGUGAAAUCUAAACACGUGACUUCUACUUUGAUUUUUUGUCGUUUUCAAAGUGUAUUUUAAGACUGAUAAACAUUUGAAUUUUAGUUAUUGCGUAUUGCCUUAAAUGUAUAGUGUUGUGUCGUAGUGUUACCACCUUUAACAAUCUAAAAAUAUUCUUUAAACUGGUUAUGUGUUGGAAUGUGCCUUGCAGUGUUGUCUAAUUUUACAGAUUUUGCUCGGGUGUACCUUUUUGAUAAUGAGCGAGUACGAACAGAUUCGCAAGAUGUGUCUGAAACGAGGAGAGUUAUGGGAGGACCCGGACUUUCCGGCCAAUCAAGCUUCCGUAUUUUAUCACCAGACCCCGCCAUUUCAGUUCACCUGGAAAAGACCUAAAGAUUUAUGCCCAAGGCCGGGAUUCAUUCAAGACGGGCCUACUAAAUUUGACAUAAGUCCAGGAAAAAUGGGGGACAGGUGGCUGGUGUCUUGUUUAGGAGUUUUGCAUCUUAACAGGGGGUUGUUUUAUCGCGUAGUUCCUGCCGAUCAGUCAUUUGUGGGAGACCAAUACUGUGGACUUUUCCGCUUUAGGAUAUGGUGGUGUGGAGAAUGGUCUGAAGUACUGGUAGAUGAUAGGCUACCCACCGUGCACGGGCGACUUGCCUUUCUGCAGUCACAAAACUCUGAUUAUUACUGGCCAGGGCUGUUGGAGAAAGCGUACGCCAAAUUGCAUGGGUCUUACGAAGCUUUAAAGUACGGUUCCCUACUGGAUGGAUUGGCAGACCUAACCGGUGGAAUUACGGAGUGUAUCCCAAUUGAGGACGGUGAUACGUCAUGUUUCAAGUUACUACAUAAUCUGCUCAGUAUGACUUCAAUCGUAACGUGUGCAGUUCAAUUAAAUAUUUCAGGAACAUCCAAUGAGACGCUGAUCAACGGAAUACAACCAGGCAUAAACUAUCGGAUUAGUGCAAUAGAACGUGUAAACACCUGCAGCAAUGAGUUUGUCGAUUUGAUAAUCCUACGAAAUCCAAUGGAGGAUGGCGAGUAUACUGGUCCAUUCGCUCCCGACACGAUUGAAUGGUCUGAUAUUCCUGCAGUGGAGGCAACUCGCAUAGAAUCAUGCUUACAAGAGCAAGAUUUUUGGAUGCCGUCUUCCGAAUUCUUACAAACCUUCACCCAUUUAGAGUUGGUGCACCUGGAUAGUGACACCAGUAGGGAUGAACCAAGUUUGAAUGGUAAAAGCUCGUGGCAGAUGCGUUUGUAUCAAGGCAUGUGGCGCAGAGGAGUUACAGCAGGAGGUUGUCGGAAUAAUCCAGACACGUUUCAUGUGAACCCUCAACUCCAUCUUUUUCUGAGCGAAAUGGAAGAGACGGUUAUGUCGCUAAACCAACACUCGGUAAUGGAGCCUAAAGUUAUAGGGUUUUCCGCAUACACGAUGCCAAAAAUGGGCACAGACACUAUUGGUCGAGUGUUCUUCAAGAAAAACAAGUCCCUUUUCAAUUCGCAAUAUACAAACAGUCGCCAGGUUAGUCACCGUUCGCAACUUGAACAGGGUGGGUACUUGAUUGUCCCCACCACUUUCGAGCCAGGGCAGGAAUCUGGUUUCACCCUCAGAGUGUUCUCAAGGAAACCAUUGAAAUUGAAACUGAUAGACUCAGUACCGAUGUUACUAAAACCAGCAGUAGUAACAGCUCCUCUACUCUUAGAUGGCAAAAGUUUCAGCCAAUACGAGGCAGUUUUUCUCCAGUUAGCGGAUGAGCAUAGAUCAGUAAAUGCUUUUGAGUUACAAGAGCUUUUAGAUGCCUGCUUACCGAACGAUUACAUCAAAAGUUGUGCCUCAUUAGAAGUUUGUCGACAAAUCGUAUUUGCUUUCGAGCAAAAUGGUUGCACAGGACGUUUAAAAUUUUCGGACUUCAAGGAUUUGAUGUGCAGCUUGAAAAACUGGCAAACGGCUUUCAAAAAUCAGACAAAAGAAAAAACUGGCAUUUUGAAAGCCGAACGAUUUCGAGACGCGCUUUUAGAAGUUGGAUUCCAAAUGAGUAGUGAUGUGCUGACGACAUUGAUUUUGAGGUACAUGAGGAAGGACGGCACGUUACGAUUCGGAGACUUCGUGUCAGCUAUCUUACAUCUAAGCGUGGCUUUUCAUGCAUUCGAAUCCAAAGAUCCAUCGCAGAGCGGGACAAUUAGGUUGAGCUUAUCCGAGUGGUUGAAAUCAUCGCUAAGUUGUUGAUGGUCUGACCCGGCAAACAUGUACAUUACUGACUGACCAGGAUCUCAAUGCAUCGAGCAUUGAGUAGUCUAAUCUGCACUACGGAUUAUGUCUGGUGAAGACAAUAUUUUAAUAACAAUUGGGUCGAAUUUUGAGACUUCUAACUAUUGUCAGAAUAUCCUAAUCUUUGUGUAUAAUACUGUGAAUAUUUAAACCCAUCAUUUGUACUUUUGAUAUGAUUAAAUAUUUUAUAAAAAGA